AUGGCGCUAUCAGGAACGCCGCUGUUGAGCCAUGUUUCUGUAAAAAUCAUGAGUGAAUACAAAGAUGAAGAAGAAUUUGAUUCAAGAGAAUAUGGUGACCUCGACUCUUCACCUACAGGAGACGUUCAAAGGAUCCAAUAUAACAAAAGAGGGAACUCUGAGCAAAAAAGGAAAAAGGAGAGCCGUCAUGAACACAGAAAGACUUCAUACCAGGAAUUACAUCAGCGACUGGACACGAGGAAGAAACAACAUGAAUGCUCCCAGUGUUUCAAAACAUUUGCUAGACGUUGCAAUCUUGUAAUUCAUCAAAUAAUACACACAGUAGAAAAGCCCCAUCAUUGCAGUACAUGUGGGAAGGCCUUUAGUCAAUUGUCUACUCUCAAGACACACCAGAGGAUCCAUACUGGGGAAAAGCCACACCAGUGCAGUACAUGUGGGAAGGCCUUUAGGCAAUUGUCUACUCUCAAGGGACACCUGAAGAUCCAUACUGGGGAAAAGCCACACCAGUGCAGUACAUGUGGGAAGGCCUUUAAUCACUUGUCUGCUCUCAAGAAACACCAGAAGAUCCAUACUGGGGAAAAGCCGUAUCCGUGUACUUCAUGUGGAAAGUAUUUCAGGGAAAGCUCCACCCUCACCAAACAUCAGAUAACACAUACUGGAGAAAAGCCAUAUCAGUGCUCUACAUGUGGGAAGGCCUUUAAUCGAAUGUCUAAUCUCAAGGUACAUCUGAAGAUCCAUUCUGGGUAAAAGCCAUAUCAGUGGAAAGUAUAUCAGGAGUAGCUUGGCCCUCACCAGACAUCAGAUUACACAUACUAGAGAAAAGCCACAUCAUUGUUCUCAGUGUGGAAAGGCCUGUUGGAAGGUGAAAAUUCACCCUCGUUACUUCAGGACUCCGAAGCUGCAUAUAAGUUUAUUUAUUAGACAAACAACAAUUACAAUCGGGCUCACUCCCAGCACAAGGCUGAAAGUGAAGCCCUGAUAAACAC